AUGUCGGCGGCAGAUUUGGCUGAACAGCUGACAAGUACUGAACAGCUGGUAAUGCAGCUAAAGGAGCUUGUCAGAGAGAAGGAUGCUGAGCUUCGAAAUAAAGAUCUUCAGUUAAAGGAGGAGAAGGAAUCUGCUGACACCAAACUUUCCAAGUUGAAGCUGCAAAACAAAGCCAAGGUUGCAUCUUUAACCUCACAGGUGGAAGAACUUAAGAAACAGUUGUCAGUAUCAGGAGGCUUAGAGGCAAAAGCAGAACAAAAAAAGGCAUCAAAAGAUGGCGACCAGGAAAAUGCUGCAGCAAAUCGUGGGAAAAUAUUAGUACUGAGAAGGAGAAUUGAAGAACUAGAAUCCCAGAUCACACAAAAAAAUGAAGAGUUACAAAAAAAGAGUGUUGAACUGGAGGCCCAGCGCUGUCGUGGGGCUGAAAUGGAUGCCAUGCUGGCAGAGAAAGAAAAGAAGUUAGCUGAAAGAGAUGCUUAUAUCAUCGAUUUACAAGUAGCGUGUGGAUCAAGUGGUGUUGCCAAUGAAAUACCCUUGCCCAAUGAAGAAUUGAAGAAUCAGCUGGCUGUUAAAGAGUCGUCACUACAAAGCAUGCAGAUUCUAGUUCAGAACCUUACCAAGAAGGUUGGAGACAGUGAAGAAAAAUGCAGCUUGUUCCAGGAACAGAUUGAGAGUCUUAAAAAUAUUCAGAGCAAAGAAAGAGAGCUUUUCCAAGGAAAAGAAGCUACAUAUGUGGAAAACGUGUGUGUGCUUCAAAAUAUUAUCCAGGAAAAGGAAAAGGAACUGGAAGCACAAAGAGAAAAGCAUGAGCAGGAGCUCUUCAUAUUAGCUGCUAAAUCUGAUGCAAGUGCUGACCUAGAACAGCUACUAAAGGCCUUGAAACAGAAGCUCCAUGAAAAGGAAGAAGUCAUGCUGGGAAGGACACAGGUGAUAGAUGUCUUGCAAAAAGAACUGGAUGUCAAGGACCAGCAAUUGAAAGAGAUUAAUGAAAACAUGAAACGUCUUCUGUCUGAAAAAGAAAACCUCCAGUCUAAACUGGAUGCUGAGAAACAUGUAAUGAGAGCUCAGUUAAGAGACAUGAUGGAGAAACAUGAGCUUGAAAUAACAAAAGUUAAGGAGAAAUAUAAUGCUGAACUGCAUGAAAUUCAAGAGAAACAUGAAACUGAGCUGCAAGAGAAAGAUCAGGCCCUGUUUCAGCUUAAGAAACAAGUGGCAGAAUUAAGUGGUGGUGGACAAACUAACUCAAAAGAAAGAGAUCUGGAGUCUCUAACCAAAGAGAAGAUGGAGGAUUUAGAAGUGAAAUUGAAAACAGAAGAGGCCAGCAAAUCUGAAAAUAUCGAUGUGUCUGCCUUAAACAGUCGUGUCUCAGAAUUAGAAAUUGAAAAUGAAGAACUACAGUCAAAACUGCAAUCAUUAUAUGAAAUCAGAACUCAAAACGAAGAAUUGCUGACUAAGCUGGAAGUCUAUGAAGAGCAGCAAAGGAAGUUGCAAGCUGAUCUUGACCAAGUUACAAAGAGGGCAGCUUCACAGGCCAGUGAAUCAGGUAGUGUGGAUGAAUUGCAGAGUCAGCUCUUGGAAUGGCAAGAAAACGUACCAGAGUCAGAGGAGUCCCGUGAUCAAAUCAGAGAAGAGAAAUCUGCUAUGGCCUUGAGAAUGGCUCAGAUCGAGGAGGAAAGAGAAGCCAUAGUCUCAGGGCAACAGGAGCUGGAGGAGGAACUGACCACAGGUCAAGGAGUGGGCAGGCUGCAGCAGGCAAGAAGAAAAAGCAAUCAGACCAGCAGAAAGCUUCAGGAAGAAUACAACUUUGAUAGAAAACAAUGCUUUCAAGAAUUGAAUGUCACCUUGGAUAGCACUGAUUCAGCUGAAGGAGAAAAUAUGGGAGGCUUACGAAGUGUGGUUGAAGAGUUGGAAUUGGAAAGAAAUCAACUGCAGGAACAAAUUCUUUUUCUAGAAGAGCGUUGUCAGGAUUUGGAAGAUAGAUUGCAGCUUCAAGGUAGAAUGGAGACUCUUCAGAAUGAAAAUGAACGUUUGCAAACUCAACUCACCCAGUUACGCAACCAGCAAAUGCGAGAUGUGGAAAAGCAUCAAAUUCUGAUCUCAGGCUUGAAUGAGCAGCUUAAGGGAUUAAGUGACAGAAAUAGCUUCCUUGAAAAUUUGCUUGGAGAAAAAGAACAGAAACUGUUGAGCACAACAGAACAACUGGAACAAAUUGAAACUUUGAGGAAACUGCUUCAAGAAAAGGAUCUUCUGAACAAAGAGCUUGGUGAAAAGUUCAUACAUACCGAGCAAAAACUGAAUGAAACCUUAAAGAAAUGCAGUGUGUAUGAAGUGGAGACCACUGAGCAGAAAACAGUCAUCAGUGAUCUAACAGAAAAAGUUGCUACACUGAAGGAAAAGACUUUGAAGCAAGAUGGCCUGGUAGAGUCGAUGCAGCUGGAUCUGGAGCAGACAAAUGAAGAGCUUGACAAAUUGAAUACAAGCCAUUUGGAGGAAAGAUCUCAACUUAUUCAAGAUCUCCAGAAACGUGAAAGAGAAAUUGAUAAUCUUAAAGAAGCACUGGCAGAAAAAGACAGGGAGGUGUCUGUCCUGUCUUUGAAUAUGACAGAAUAUUCUGAACAGGUUAUCAUCCUGAAGCGUCAAGUGCAAUGCAAAGAGGAAGAAGUACGAGGGAUGGAAGAGGCCUUAUCAAAGGCUGAAAGGGAAACUCAUUUACUGAAAGAAGUACAAACAGCUGAUGUAAGGGAUGCAAGCGUGAAGAUAUCUGUCCUUUCUGAGCAGAGUAAUACAAUGAGACAAGAGCUAGAAAGAGUUAGAGUUGAGAAUGAAGCUAAAACCAAAGAAAAUGAGGAAUUAAUAAGACAAAGCAGUGAGAACAGCAUUACAAUUAAGGAUCUCCGUUCUGAAAUCAAGGCCAACAAUGUCGCAUACCAUAACAAACUUGCGGAGUGUGAGUCACAAAUUACUUUGCUGAAAGAACAAAUCAGUAAAUCAUCUGAAAAGCUACAAGAAACCGAGGAUAAACACAGAAAAGAAAUGGAAUAUUUGAAAUCUCAGCUUGAGGAAAACAAUACUCUAAAGGAAAAAUGCAACAAUUUGCUUAAAGAGAAAGAGAAUAAAGCACAGACACUUGAAAAUGAGUUAAAAUUAAUUAAAGAUUCAUACAACAAACUGGUUCUCGAAAAUGCUAAAAAAGAUGAAGAGUUGGCUGAGUUAUCUAGGAAGCUUAUAGAAGAUACUGAACAUCAGGAAACAAUUAAAAAAGAAUUGCUAGAGAAACAAGAGUUCAUUAUUUCAUUAGAGCAGAAGCUUCAAGUUUUGGAGCAGCAAAAUGAAGAGACUAAACUUAAAUUAACUGGAGAUCUGAAAGCCAAAGAGACAUGUUGCGAAGAACUUAAUAACCAAAUAAAUGAAAUACAUAAACAAAUUAACAAACUGGAAAUAGAGACACAGGAGAAAGCUUCAGCUAAUAAGCAAUUGCAGGCAGAUCUUGAAGGGAAAGAAGAAAAAUUGGCAGAGCAAGUAAAAGCAACUGAAUAUCUGAAAAAAAGUAUAGAUAUGGUGCAAAAAGAGAAGGAACGGCUAAUCAGUGAAAAUGAGAAAUUGUCCAAACUCCUGGAUGUGGAUUGUGAACUGUUAAAGAAAAUCCAGGCUAUGGCAGAAGUAGAAAAUAAGUUAUCUGAUACUAGAGACAAAGAAAUACAGAAAGAAGAAAUGUUUAAUAAUGAGUUAUCAGAAUGCAGUAAGCUAAUCCAAGAGCUCAGCCAUAGUAAGGAAAAGAAUUUACUACUGCAGGAACAAAUUCAAAGCAUAACUUUGGAUUUUGAAACUGCGAACAGGUCUCUAGAAGAGAAGAUCCUUCAAAAUGAUUCAUUACGUAAGGAAAUGGAAGAGAGCAGACUUUGUAUUGUAGAGUUGCAAGGUGAAAUUAAAAAUCUUAAAGAUGAAAAAACAAAGUUAUCUCAGUUGGUAGAGGAAAGAGACCUGACUCUAAAAAGUCAGGGUUCAGAACUUGAGAAGUUUCACAGGCAAAUUUCUGAAAAAAUGGAAGAAAGUACAGUGUUAAAUAAUCAACUACAACUAUUAAGCAAAGAAGUGGAUGUGCUUAGGCACGAGAAAGAGGACUUUUCACGCUUGUUGAGCGAGAAGUCACGUGAGUGUGAAUUUCUUCAGUCACAGUUGGUACAGCAACAGUCUGAAAUUACUUCAGCAAGGCAACAAGCACAUAAAGCAGCUCUAGAAAAUGAAAAAUUGAAAGUAGACAUUGAGACAGUUAAUGUUAUGGAAACUCUCCUUUCUGAAAAAGAGGCUUUGAUUCAGCAAAUGAAAGAUAGUAAAAUGGCAGGAGAAGGGCAAUAUAUGCAAAUCAUUUCAGAUCUGCAAAACCAAAUACAAGCUCUAGGUUUUGAAACCAGCCAGCUUAGACACGCAGUGCAGGAAAAAGAAAAUGAAUUUAAGAAGCAAGCCCAAGAAUUAAAGUUAUUAAAAGAUAAAUCUGAAGAGUCUGAUGUACUUAGGGUUCAACUGUCUGAGAAUAUGGAGGUUAUUUCUGACCUUCAGUAUCAGCUUAGUAAUGUGACGGAAAAAUCAUCCCAGUUGAAUGAUUCGAUUAUACAGAAGGAUGAAUCUUUAAAGCAAAAGUUAGAUGAAUGCAUCAGUUUAAAAGCACAGCUUUCUGAGAUACAGGAAUCUUCUGUUUUGCAGGAGAGACAGUUAGAGCUUUUAGCCUCUGAAGUGGAACAAUUAAAAGUACUUGUUUCAGAAAAAGAAUUAACCAUCUGCAAUAUUUCAUUAUUCAGUGAGAAUUUAAAGAUGCAAAUUCAAGAGAAAGAGAAUGAAUGUGAGGUCUUGAAGAAACAGGUGGUAGAGCUAGAGGAAGUGAAAGUGAAUUUACAAAAAGAUAUACAACAUCAGAAGAAUGUAAUAAUUGAGAUGGACCAGUCCUUAUCAGAAAAGGAAUCAUCUCUUAUGGAAAAUAAAAGUCUCCUCAAAACUCUGAAGGAGAAAGCACAGAAGGAUGAAGAGAAGACAAAUGUAAUUUCUCAGCUCCAAAGUCAGAUACAUGAACUAACACAAGAACUACAAAAAUCUAAAGAACUAGUCCAUGAGAAAGAAAAUGCCUUUUUAUCUCUUCAGGAGAAAAUUGAAGCACAGUAUGAACUAAGAACAGAGUUGAAUGCAGCUCUUGGAAAAAAAGAAGAAGUUAUUACUGAACUGCAUAAUUCUUUAAAGGAGAAAGAUACCAGUAUACAGUUGGCAGAGAGCAACAGUAAUGCUCUUUCUAGUGAGAUUGAGGUUCUCAGAAUAAAAUUAGAGAAAAGUGAUAUGGCCAUGAAAAACCUUACUAAGGAAUUUGAGGAAAAGAAUGAGAAGCUUGAUAUUGAUCAGAAGAAAAUCGAUUCUUUGACUGUUGAGCUUGAGUCUCUUAAAAGCAAACACCAAAAAGCACUAGACCAAAUAAGUACAUGGGAAGAACAACUACAGCAAAAAGAAAUGGCUGUGCAGUCCCUGCGUGUGAAGUGCACUGAACAGGCAGAUAAUAUAGCAUGUUUGAAGUUAGAGUUGAACAAUGUAAAUUCCAAAUCAUCUCAAGACUGCCAUGACAAUGGACUUUUAAUAGGUAGUCUGCAGUGUCAGGUAGAGUCUUUAGAGAGAGAAAAAAAUCUGUUACAAGAAGAUGCUGAUAAACUGAUGGUGGAAAACACACAACUUAAUGCAUCUCAAAAUCAUUUGCAAAAGAAAUUGGAAGAGCUCCAAGAAAUCAAUGAAAAACUAGAAACCAGUGAGAAUUAUUCAAGAAUGCAGAUAGAUGCUAUCAAACUGCAGAUGAAGACUGAAAAAGAGAAGUUACAGAUGCAGGUUAGUGUGAAGGGUGAAGAACUUUCUAAAUUAGAACUUAAAUUUGAAACUCUAGAACAAAGUCUACUUGAGUCAGAAAACAAAUGGGUGACAGAACUUGAUAGGGCAACUUUACAAAAUAAUAAUCUCACUGAGCAAUUGAGCUGUUUAGAAAGUGAAAUGAAAUCAAAGGAUAGCAAAAUCCAGUCUUUGCAGCAAGAGCUGGAUCUUAUAAAAGAGGAAUUAACUCAAAGGUUAUCUCCUUUACUUAGGAGUGGGCUUUUAUGUAAAGAAAAGGCGGCACAGACUUCAGAUUCUGAACUGCAGCUAACUGAUAGUAAAAUUCAGUUGGAAAAAUUCUCCACUCUGAUCACCACUAUUUUGAGCAAAGAAACAGAAGGAGAACAAUUGCAACUGAUGCUUUUAGAAAAACAGAAAGAAAUAGACACCAUGAAAGGUGAAUUAAAAAGUAUGCAGUCACUUGAGAAGCAGAAGGAGUUACUGCAGAAUGAUAUUGAAAAGAUGAAGGGCAAAUACAAAUCUGAAAUUGAAUGUCUGUCAAAAGAAAUGGUCACAGUUAAGGAAACAUUAUGUAAACAACAGUCUCUCUUGCAAGAAAGGGAAGAGUCUUUUGCAGAAAUAAAUAAGCAGGUUGAGUUUCUUCAAGACAAGAUAAAUAAAUCAGAAGAAAUAGUAAAUCAGCAGAAGGAUUUAAUUUCUGGUCUAAGCCAGCAACUGAAAGAAAAGGACUGUUCUGUUACUCAGAUCAUGGAAUCAUUGUCUAAUGAAAUGCUGAAUUUUUCUCAAGAGAGAAAUACAUUAAAUACCAAACUGCAAGACCUUGAAGCUGUUCAUAGUAGUUCUGUAGGAGAGCUAAACCGAGUCUUGCAGGAACUUGAGGAUUGUAAGAAAGAACUGGAACAUAGUCAGGUUAUGUUAAGCAGUAGAGAAGCUGUGUUUAAAGAUUUAAUGAAUGAAAAAGAGGAGAUGCAGUUUAAUCUUGAGAAAAUGGGCAAGGAAAAAGAGAAUCUGAAAAAGAAACUUCAAGCAGCAUUGAUAAUAAGAAGAGAUCUAAUGCAAAAAGUUGGAAAACUAGAAAAGAGUGGACAGGAAGAAAUUGAAAAAGAGCAAAAAAGAGCAGAGGAGCUGUUGAAGAAAGUUAAUGAGUUAACAGACAAGCUGAAACUAGUUGAAGUACAAAAUAAAGAUUUUGAGUCUCAUCUUGGAACUUUGAAGCAACAACUUUUAGAAAAAGAUGCCAAAAUAAGUGAUUUGUCUGAAAUUUUGUCUUCAAAAGCUUCUUAUUUAGAGGAACUUCAGGACAAUAUUGCAGAACUAAAUGAUGUCAUUGCUGAAAAACAAAAUACAUGUGAGCAGAACCUAAAAUCUUUAGAGGAAAAGGACUGCAUGCUUGCUCAUAUGCAAUCUAUGCUUGAUAAAAAAGCAAGUGCAUAUGAAGAGGAACGUUCUCGGCUGCUCUUAGCUCUUGAGAAGAUGAAGUCUGAAGUUAAGAAGGAAGAAUUGUUGAAAAGUUGCAGUUCAGAAGAGCCUGGUUUAAGUGCUGGGGACAGGAAGAAGUGUCUGGAUCCCAACAGUGACAUUAAUGUCAUGAAUCAAUUAAAACAAGAAAAAGAAGCCUUGCAAAGGGAGCUUUUGGACAGGGAAGAAGAUAUGAAAAAAUUUCAGAAAGAAAGGGAAGAGCACAUUAGAAGAGUAUGGAAAGAGCUGACUUCACCUGAGGCGAUGCUGGGAGAAGAAGCAGCUGAUCUAAGGAAUUUGGAAUCAGACAAACCAAGAAGCAAGGUUCAGGUUGCGUCCUUAAAAGAGUCAGAAAACGUGAUCAUCACUUCAGUGGCGAGUAAAGACGCUGAGUUAAAAGAACUAAGAAGUAAUUAUGCAAAACUUCAGGAGGAAACAGAAAUGUUAAAGAAAGAGUUGAGAAAAAUAUCAACUGAAUUUGAUAAUGAAAGAGAAGAAACAGUCAACUUAAACUCUUUGAGACAGCAGGAGCAGUACCAGGAGCAAUGUAAGGGCAGCUUGUUGGAGGACGUAAAGCUGCUACAGAAAAAACUGAAAGCAUAUGAGGCUGAAGCUAUAGACAUUAAGACCAUGCUUGAACAUGUGAAUAAUGAGAAAGAAGCACUUAUUAAAAAAUGUGAAGAGGAUUACAAGAUGAGCCAGGAGCAAAUGCAGAGAUUGAGAACUGAAGCUAAGAAGGAGGUUGCAGAAAAGAGUGAGGAAAUAGAAGCAUUGCGUUGUUCACUUAAGGAUUUCAAAGAUAAACUUGAUCUGGAAAAGGAAUUGUUAAACAAAGCUAUAAAGGAGGGCCAAGAAGCAGCCCACCGUUACAAAACAGCCUUUGAAGAAACGAAGAGUGAAAAAGAGAAACUUCUCAGUUGUUUAGAAAAGUCCAAUUUGGAACUAAUUAAUAUGAAAAAGGAGGUAAAACAUUUCAGCGAAGAAAACAAAAACCUUAUGACAGAGCUAUGUAUGCUACGUGAGAAGGCUGAGAUGAGUAGACCUGUAGUGUCAUGCAAGGAGCUUAAGGAAGAAAAUGAUACUGAAAAAGAAUUGGGAGAGUUUUGUUCGGAAAGUAAUUCCCUUCAAGGAAAAUUACAAGGUAAAGGCACCUGUUCUCAACCACCAGAGACUGAUUACUCCGGGGAGACUAAACUGAGAGAAGCAACAGAAUGUCAAAUCCAGAAACAAAUGCAAACUACUGAAGAGCCGCUGGCAAAAACUGCAAAUGUAAAUGAUUCUAAACCACAAGAGCAAAGAACUAUAGCAGAAGAGAAGUCCAGAGAGCGCCUUCAAAGAAAAUUACAGGCGGCUUUAAUAUCACGUAAAGAAGCCCUGAGAGAAAAUAAAUGUCUGAAAGACCAGAUUGAUAAACUGAUAUUGGAAAGAGAAGAACUGGUGAACAAGACAGGGAUGCUUGAACACUUGUUAGAGCUUGGUAGAGAAAAACAAAGUUCAAGUACUGUUUCUCCGUUGUCUAAAGAGGAGAGCCUUGUUUCUGAAAAUGCUAGACUGUUGACUGAAAAUGAAAACCUCAGUGCGGCAUGUGAAAGUCUUAAAUCCACCAUGGAGACUAUAGUUCAGGAAAAAGAGGCCUUUUCUUUCCAACUGAAUACCUUAAAAGAUUCUCAGACAGUUGAAUUAACAGGAUGGAAGGCUAAACAUAGUGAAUUAAAGCAGGAAUAUGAAUCACUUCUUCAGGCAUAUGAGAAUGUCAGUAGUAAAAUAGCAGAUCUGAGGCAAGUUAUUGAUCUCAGUAGAAAAGAGAAGCAAGAGGCUAUUCAAAGACUCAGGGAAGGAGAAUCUGAGAAGGAGGCUCUUGAGAAGCAUUUACAAAAACUCAUUGAUGAAAAUGAGGUUAUUAAGAAUCAACUGAAACAACUCGGCGAAUCCAAGAAAAUGGAAGUUGACGAAUUACAAAGUAAAGCAGAAAGGCAGAUACGUGAGCAAGAGGCGAGGAUGCAAGAACACCAGCAUCGUCUUCAUGAACUCACUGAACAGAAUCAUCAGCUAAUGGAGGAAAAUGAGCAGCUGAAACAAACUUCUGAAAAUUUAAAGCAGGCUUUAGAGAAAAUUCAGAAUGAAAAUGAUAUCCUUCAUAAUAACAUCACUGUAACUAAAGCAGCUUUGGGAGACCUGCAAGUUCAAAUGAAAGUGUACCAAAAUGAUAUGCAAUCUAAAAUCAAUGAUGCACUGUAUGAGAAUGAAUCCCUGUUAAAGGACAUUAAUGUGUUAAAGGAUAAACUCUCUCUGGACAUGGAAUGUAAAAGUCUUACACAAGACAUUGUUAGUUUAAAUGAAAAAGUUAAGAUUUUAGAGGAUGAUAAAUGUCUGUUACAGGAAGAAUUAGAAAAUGUACAAGAAAGUUCUUACAAAGUAAAGAAUGAGAGAGAAUUUCUUGAGACGGAAUUGCUUAAUCAUGUUAAAAAGGUUGAUCAUCUUACUGAUAGAAUGAAAUCAGCACAGGUACAGAAUAGCUUGCUGUUACAGCAACUGGAAGAAUUAAAGGCAGAAAAAUGUAAUGUGAUUAGAGAAAAAGAAGAACAGCAGUUACAUCUUGUAAAAAUGUUUGAGGAGAAGGUGAAAAGUGCUCAGAGGGAUAAUAAUGGAAGUAAAAACAAAACAAAAGAAUUGCAAGAACUCUUAAAGGAGAAACAACAGGAGAUCAACCAUUUGCAAAAGGAUUCUAUAAAGUUCCAGGAGCUGAUCCUGGAUUUGGAAAGGUCUGUGAAACUGUCACAGUCAAAAAGUGAAAAAUUCGAAAAGGACUUAAGUAAUACGUCAGAAAAACUUGCGAAGUCAAAUGAAGAAAUAUAUCAUCUCAAGGGAAAGCUUACUUCACAGAUGAACUUGUUGCAUCAGUCAAAGAAUGAAGUGGACAGGCUUACAGAUGAGAAUCUAAAUUGGAGAAAAGAACUUCAGAAGAAAGAAGAUGAACUACAAAUUCAAAAGAGGGAAUAUGCGAGAGAAUUGGAAUUUAAUCUUCAACAAUUAAAAUUGGUACACAAAAGAGAAUUUUUGAACCUAGAGGAAAGACACAGUGCCCUUGAGAGAGAAAAAGAUAGGGCAAUUAGUGAGAUUCGUGGUUUGCAAGAGGAAGUUAGCAUUAAGGACUCUCAAAACAAGCAACUUCAAGCAGAUUUGAAUGCAGCUUUGGCACGAUUAGCUGCUUUCACAAAGUGUAUGUCCUCUCUUCAGGAUGACCGGGACAGGGUAAUCACUGAAAUGAAAACCUGGGAAAUGCACUUCAAAGAGGCCAUCCAAAAUAAAGAGAAACAGAUAGAAGACAGUAAUAAAAGAAUAAUGUCUUUACAAGAUGAAUUGAAAGACAAAAUUACUCAGAUUCAGGAACUGAAUGUCAAAUAUUCUGUGAUAGAGGAAACAAAGGAUGAACUGUAUUUGAGGCAAAAAUCUGUUGAUACACAACGCUAUGAAGAGCUCUGCAGAAUAAAGGAAGAAAAUAAGUUUUUUUUAAACAGGCAGCAAGAAUUGGAGAGUGUUCUUCAGUCCAAAGAAGAAGCUUUGCAAACACUCCUUAAAGAAAAUAAUUCUCUUAAUCAUCUCAUAGAGAAUAGUAAAAGUGCAGGAAGAGAGAUAAAAGCUCUGGAAAGUAAUUUUACGAGACAGGAACAAGAAUUGCAACAGCUUCUAGCUGAGAAGGAAAGAAUGAAUGCUGAAUUGCAAAAGCAGAUUACAAUUUCUGAGCAAAUGAAGAUCAUGCUAAAUAGUAAAGAUGAAGAAAUUUCCUUACUCAUUUCUUCAAAAGGUGAAGAAAUUUCUGACUAUCUGAUUCAGGUACAGACUCAACAUAGAAAACAAAUUGAAGAGUACGAACUUCAGUUAAGGUCUUUGCAGAUAGAGAGACAACAGUCUGAGGAGUCCUGUCAGAGGAUGGAAAAUGAAUUAAGAAAUCUGCAGAUGAAAGCAGACAAGGCAGGUCAAGAUAAGGCUGCAAUUGCCAGUGAAAUAGAUGCCUUUAAAAAAUCAAUGUCAUCUCUUCAGAAUGAUCGGGAUGAUCUUUUUUCUAAAUACAAAGAGCUGGAACAUCUUCACCAAGAUGUCUUAAAUCAGCGGGACAGUCUUAUAGUUGGCAGUGCAAGCGAGAAUAACGCUUUGAAACAAGAAUUAAGGAUACUUCUCAAUCAGAUAGAUGAUCUUCAUUCUGAAAAUGCAAUGCUAAGUGCACAGCUGAUAAAGUAUAGGGAAGAUCUUAACCAAGUUUUAUCUCUGAAAGACCAUCAGCUGAAAGAUUUACUUAAGCAGAAAAUGGAUUUAUCUAAAGUAAAUGAUUUAGAAUCUUUAAUUGCAUCAUUAAACAAAGAGAAACUUGUUUCUGAAUCUGGAGAAAAACUGCUAACUAGUGAUAGUGUUCAGAAAAAAGAAUGUGUAUCAAAUGGACAGUAUGAGGGAAAUCUUCAGAAGAUUCAAGAACUCCAGAAAUCAAGAGGCAGAAAUAGUAAGAAUGCAGACAAGGAAUACAGUAAGACUCUGUUGACACUUGAACAUGGAGAUCAACCUGAUACUUUUGCCGAGAAGAUGAUAUUAGAAGUUCAGUCUCAAAAUAGUGAGCUGAGGUCCCAAAAUGAGGCCUUUGGGAAAGCAAUGACUGCUCUGCAAAAUGAUAGAGAUAGGAUAAUAGAGGACUUAAAGGUACUGCAGAGCAAAUACACAUCUGAAUUCAAGACUCAAAAAAAGAAAGGAGAUGAACUUGAAGCUGAAUUGGAUGGCUUUAAAGUACAUCUUAUCAGUAUACUCAAAGAAAAUUCUCUUCUGAAUCAGGCUAUUUUUGAUGCUGCAGAUAACGUUACACUUGAUCAGAUUGCUGAUGAAAUUGAAAAUGUCUGUAGGAUGUUAGUCAGUCGAGAGAUGGAGGUUAGCAAGCUGUCAUCUGAGUGUGGGAGUUACGUUCACCAGAUUGAAGCGUUUUCCAAGGCUAUGGCCAGUCUUCAGGAUGACCGAGACAAAUUGCUGCAGGAGCUCAGCAAUCAGAAGGCUAAAGAAGGAGCGAGCCUUGCAGCUGUUGAAAUAUCAAAACUGAAGACCAAGGUUGAUGAUUUGGAGAAGGCAUUGCAUCAGACAAAAGCCUUCCAAGCAGAAACGGAGAGAGAGAUUGCAUCAUACCAGAAUGAGCUUGCUGGCUUAAGAAUGGAAAAAACCCUCCUCCUCUCAGAGUCCCAGGCACUGCGAAAUCAAUGUCAAAUCACAGUUGCUGAGAAAGACCGACAGAUUGCAGAACUACAGAAGCUGCAACAAGACAUGAUUGUUAAGAAAUCAAUCUCUGCUGGCAGCAAUUACCCAGUCAAGGAAGAGGAUGGGGAACUUUCAGGCAACUCAAGGAGGAAUUCUCAUGUAGUAGCUGAGAUGAAACCCAUUAUGUCUGUAAGUGGGAAUAUAAUUUUGGCUUCAUGUGCCAGUUUUGUAUCUAUCAUGAGUCUCUUACUGUUGACGCUAGGAUAA